AUGGCCUCACCCCACCCGGAUACCUCUACUCCGCCUACUUUCCAGCGCGAUGUGGACAUCUGGAUCGAAGAUGGGAACGUCGUGCUCGUGGCGGACCACAGUGUCGCCUUCCGUCUGUACCGGGGUCUCCUUGCCCACCAUUCCACCAUCUUCCACGACAUGUUCUCUAUAGGCAACGCUGUUUCCGGGGACGACGAGAAGAUGGACGAUGUUCCUGUUGUCCACCUCACCGAUCCACCAGAAGCGCUCCGCCUCUUCCUCCUGGUCCUGAUAUCUUCCGGAUUCAGCACACCCCGCUGGUCGCAUGCGAACCUCCCGGAGGACUUGCCCUUCCCGAUGUUCGACGCCAUCAUGCGGAUAGCCCACAAGUACGAGGCGACCCGCAUCCUUUCGACGUUGUCAUACCUUCUUGGCGAGAUGGCGAAUGUAUCUCGACGCGGACCUUGGGGCGAUAAACGCUUAGAUCUAUCUCACAGCGAAUCAUUCCGAGAUUCGCAUGCCACCCUCGUAUUUUCCAACGACCACGCGAUCGAGGCCCUCGAUCUCGCACGAUGUGUCGGCGCGAAGCCCAGCGUCGUGGCGGCCUUUCUCUGGCAAUGCUGCGUCCAAGGGCCGCUCUACCUCCGUGACGGCAUCACGCGCGACGGCGUCGUCCGGCGACUGUCCGAGGAGGACUACGUACGCUGCGUAGCCGCUUUACCGCAGCUCCUCCUGGCACGCCGCGACUUGGUCCUGCAGACUGCGCGGUCGAACGUUUCGCUUGUGGCUCGGAGGCCGUGCGCGAGGGGCACGACUUGUACAGAAGACUUCUGCGACAAGUAUACACAGAAUCCCCCGCCUAUGAACCUGGAGGGUGGAGAGGGUAGCGCGGUCGUACCGUAUGACGGGGAGCUAUCGUGGAAUUGGAGUAGGACUUGCAUGUGCAAUUCGUGUUAUGGAUGGCUCCUUCAGGACCUUAGGAGGGCUUUCCAGAGAUAUUGGGAGUUCGACUUGCCGAAGAUAUUCCAACUGUAA